AUGGCUCCACCAUGCCCCGUGGGCGCUGGGCAUGGGCCUUGCUCCAUGCCAUGCUGUGGGCUCCAUCUACCCGUCCACGCUCACCUCGUUGCCUGCCCGUCCCAGCUGCUGCAGGAGAAGUUCAUGGAGUUCGCCAGCGAGACCGGCAGCAUCGGGAACGAGCGGAUCUCUGCCGUGAACCAGAUGGUGGACGAGCUCAUUGACUAUGGCCAUGCAGACGCGGCCACCAUCGCCGAGUGGAAGGACGGGGUCAACGAGGCCUGGGCUGACCUGCUGGAGCUGAUGGAGACGCGGGCGCAGAUGCUGGCGGCCUCCCACGAGCUGCACAAGUUCUUCAACGACUGCAAGGACGUGCUGUCGCAGAUCGAGGAGAAGCGGCAGCGGCUCCCCGAGCUGGCGGCCCGCGAGGCCAAGACCUCAGCGGGCACCUUGCAGCGCCUGCUCAGCGCCUUCGAGCACGAUGUGGAGGUGCUGGUGACACAGGUGCGGCAGCUGCAGGAGGGGGCAGCGCAGCUGCGGACAGUCUACGCGGGCGAGAACGCGGAGGCCAUCGCCGCGCGCGAGCAGGAGGUGCUGCGCGCCUGGAAGGAGCUGCUGGCCUCGUGCGAGGAGUGUCGCCUGCACGUGGCCUCGGCCGCCGACAAGAUCCGCUUCACCGGCACCGCGCGGGACCUCAUCUCCUGGAUGGACGGCAUCAUCUGCCAGAUCGGCACCAGCGAGAAGCCCAGGGAUGUCUCCUCCGUGGAGGUGCUCAUGAGCUACCACCAAAGCCUCAAGAGCGAGAUCGAAGCACGCGGAAAGCGCAUC